AUGCCCCUGCUGGGAUUUGGUGUCUAUCAGAAUUACGACGCUCGAUCGUCAGUUCUCGAGGCGUUUCGAGCAGGCUACAGACAUGUGGACUCAGCCCAAGUUUACCGCAAUGAACCGGCGGUAGGGGAAGCUGUCAGGGAUAGCGGCAUUGACCGAAGCGAGUUUUUCAUUACAACGAAAUGUGUCAGCCGACAUCAUGGGUAUGAGAGUACGUUGAAGGGGGUCGAUGCAUCCCUUGCCAAGUUCGGCUUUGAUUACAUUGACUUGUUUCUCAUUCAUGAUCCUUACUCUGGCACCGAGCGACGCCUAGCUACAUACAGAGCUUUGCAAGAUGCCCGCAAAGCGGGAAAAAUACGCUCUGUUGGCGUUUCAAACUAUGGAAUCAAUCAUUUGCAAGAGAUUGUAGAUGCAAAAUAUGAUAUGCCUGCGGUAAAUCAAAUUGAGCUUCACCCGUUUUGCCAGCAGCGGCCCAUAGUGGACUAUUGCCGUGAACACUCGAUCGUGGUCCAAGCCUACUGCCCGAUCAUACGAGGCCAAAUGGAUCAUCCAAUCAUUCAAAUGAUAGCGCAGAAUCUCCUUCGAUGGUCACUACAGAAAGGGUUCGUUCCGCUUCCCAAAUCAGCAACGCCAGAACGCAUCAGAUCAAACACUCAAUUGUACGAUUUUGAGCUCGAACCCGAAGAGAUGGUGCAACUUGACGGACUUGACCGAGGAAAGGAAGGAUCCAUCAGCUGGAACCCUGUUGAUGCGCCGUAA